UUAGUAGAAAAUUAAUUUGAUUUAAUUCUAGAUAAAAAAAAUUUUUUUUUAAUUGGUAAAAUGGAAUUUUUAAAUCGAUUUAGUCAAGAUUUUUAAAUUAAAUUAUUUUAAUUCACACCAAACGAGCUUAAACUAUUCUUUGAUAUUCAUUUUUGGCUUAAAGAAGAAACAGAUGAAGCCAAAAUUGAAGAAACAUUAAAAAAAUUUUAUCCUUAACACUUCUUAAAAGAAAAUGUCUUAAAUAUUCCAAAAGACUCUGUAUUUUUUUCACAAAACGAACCCCUCAAAGAUAAAAACAAUCAAAUUGAAGAUAAGUUUGAUACUUAAAAUGUGAUUGAAAGGUUAUAUCAGUUUUUAUAGGCCUGCGAGGAACCAAGUCUGUCAAAAAAAAUAAUAUAGAAUAUAAUAAAUAUAAUAUCUAGUGCUAAAUAGGGUGAAAUUAUUAAUAUUAAUUUUAAUGAACUUAAUUAAUAGAAUAAAAGCUUACUAGUAGAACUAUUAAAAAGUAUUCAGAUCACUUAAAUAUAAAAUAAUUCUUUUUUGUUUUAGUCCAGCAGCUAAGCUACACAAUAUUUCAUUCAUAUAUCUAAGUAACUAGUAUAAGAUAUAGAUACUUCUUUUAUUAAGGAAAACGCUUCGUAAUAGAUAUUCAUCUAAAAUAUGCUACAGUAAGAGAGAGUUCAAAGUUAGUACUAAGCAUUAGAGAAAAGACAAAUUUUAGACAAAUAAUCAAAAUCCUUAGAUUAUAUAAUAAAUGAUAAAGAUAAUGACCCUUUAAUUGAUUUAGAAGAAGAUCAAUAAAAAUAAUAAUAAGAUGAUGAUGAAAAAAGAAUAAUUUUCAGCUAAAAUAUAAAUGUCAACUAAAAUUAGAAUAAAUUUGAAGAAGAAUAAAAUAUUUAGCAAUAAUAAAUGGAAAUGAUCGAAGAAAUAAGUGAUGAAGAAAUUGAAGAAAUUAAAUAAAAAAUAAAUUAAGUGAUGCAGACAUGCUAAUUAAAAAAAUAAUUUAUGCAAAUAAGCCAUUUGAUAAUAUUCAAGAUGAAUCCUUUAAAAGAAGGGGAUAGUUUUGAGUUAGAUUUAGAUAAGUUUUAAAAUAAAAAUUAAAUAGUUGAAUUGCUUGAAUCUAUUGGAGUAUUUAAUAUUUAAAAUAAUAACUACGGGUUGUUUACAACACCUUAAAAGUUUGGUUUUUUUAAGUAAUUUGCUAAAAAUUUAAUUGAAGAAGUAGAUGAUAAAGCUCCUGUUUCUGAAAUUUAGUAAAAUUAAAAUAAAGCUAAUGAAUAAUUUAUUUUUGAAGAGUAAAAAUUGCUUGAAAAUUUAUAUUUGGUCAUAUAAGCUUUUGAAGGUCAAGCUUAAUCAGUAAAUCAGAUAAAGUUUAUAAUAUAGAAAAUUUAACAAAUCAAUGAAGGAGAGAAAUUUCAAUUAAAUCUAUCUUUGUUUUCAGAUGAAUAGAAAAGAGCAAUUUUUUUACUUUUUGAGUCUUUAGGUAUUUUUGAAAUUAAUGCCAAUAUCUUUUAGCUCUUUUCAUCUAAUUAAAAUAUUCAGCUAUUUGUAAGCUUAUCCAAUGAAUUGCUUAAUGACAUGUAGAGCUAAAUUAAUCAAAUAUAAAAUGGUUAAUAACCUAUAGGAGAUAUUAAAUAAAUAAAUGAUAGAGCAUAACUGACAAAACUUGCUCAGUAACGUAAAAAAUAACAAAAUUACUAAGAUAGCCCUUAAACUCAUGCUUAAAUAAGCAGCCGAGAAUAAAUGGAAGAAUAUCGUAGAAAUAAAAGAUAAAAAGAUUUAAAUAAGAGCAGGUUUACUGGUAAAAAUAUAAUGACUCUUGAAAGGCUAGAAGAGUUAGAAGAGAAAAAGUAUGAAUUUAUGAAUGAAAAUCCCUCAGCCUAAGUACCUAAUAAAGUUAUAACUAUGAGAGAUAUUGAAAAUAUGACAAUAGCAGAAAAUUUAUAAAAAUUUGGGAAGUAGGCACUAGAGUACACAAAUUAAUUUAGAAGAUAAAAUAAUUUACCUGAUUUAAUUUGGAAUAAUUAGCUUACAUUUAUUGGAAUGAAACAUUCUUAAAAUAUGGCUGAAGGUUUAGUUCCGUUUGGUCAUGAUGGUUUUAACGACAGAGUUAGGUAAAUUACAUUUUCUUAUAGAAGUGUUGCAGAAAAUGUAGCCUAUUGCAGUGCUGGAUACAGCAAUAUUCCAAAAACUAUUGUAGAUGGAUGGAUCAACUCUCCUGGCCAUAGGAAAAAUAUGCUUUCGAAUUCAAAUGUUUGUGGAAUUGCUGUUUACAGGAAUAACAAGGGAUUUUGGUAUUUUACUUAAUUGUUUGCACUAAAGGUAUGA